CCUUAGCUUUCUACUACCACCAGCACCGUUCGUCCAAAAUGCCGCUGGAAGCAACGAUGAUGAUUAUCGACAAUUCAGAGUACAUGCGCAAUGGCGACUAUACUCCUACUCGUUUCGAUGCCCAGGCCGACGCUGUCAACACGGUCUUCCAGACAAAGAUUGACUCAAAUCCAGAAAAUACGGUCGGUGUCAUGACUAUGGCUGGGAAGGGUCCUGAAGUACUUGUAACCCACAGCAAGGACCUUGGUCAGAUCCUUCAAGCAAUUCACACCACCUCGUCCAAAAUUGGAGGCUCAAUAGACAUACCCACUGCUAUCGCAAUUGCUCAACUUGCAUUGAAACACAGAGAGAACAAGAAUCUCCGACAGCGCAUCGUCGUCUUUGUAGGAUCACCACUGGAGGGCCAGGCUGCAGAUGAAAAGGCCAUGAUCAAGCUCGCCAAGAAGCUGAAGAAGAACAAUGUCGCUCUUGAUGUCGUAUCUUUCGGUGACGGUAUCGAGGAGCCAGGUGAAGAAGGAAAGACGGUCCUUAGGUCAUUCGUCGAAAAUACCAGUAGUGGUGACAACUCACAUAUCGUUACGGUCGCUCCAGGGACACGUCUCAUUUCCGAUGCUCUCAUUUCGUCGCCCAUUCUUUCUGCGGACCGCAUGAGCAGCAUACCUGACGAACUCAUGGAAGGCGCAGAUGUACCUGCAGCAUCAGGCUCAGGUGCUGCUAACGACUUUGAAUUUGGUGUCGACCCUAGUCUGGAUCCUGAGCUAGCAAUGGCGCUUCGCAUGUCGAUGCAGGAAGCUCAGGCACGGGAGGCAGCGGAAGCAGCGGCAUCUUCUACCUCUACAUCGCAAUCUCACGUCGACUCUUCAACAACGCAAGCUUCCACUACCCUUCCCACAUCAGUCCCAGCGGAACCCACUGAUAGCGAAGAAGAAGCUUUGUUACAGCAAGCCAUCGCUCUGUCUCGGGGAGAUCAUGACGUCGAGAUGGAUACGGCUCAUCAUGAAGGUGAUGUCCCUAUGGAUGAGGAUGAGGAUGAAGAGGCUGCUAUAGCUAGAGCAAUUGCCAUGAGUAUGCAACAGCCUCAGCCGCCACAGAAAGACGAGCAGGCCAAGAAAUGAUUGUACCACCCAUACAGAAGAGUAAUCCAUUUCUGUUCUUACUUUAGUCGGAUACGAGGUGUUGUG